AUGUUGAGCAAGGUCCAACGAUGCAGUCAUGAUACCACAGCCAACACGGCUGAUAAGCACAUGUUGAUCCCCGAGCUGCUUAGGCGCGGCACCGUUGUUGGUUUUGGCAUCCGCCUAUUAGGGUACGUCGACUUUAACGGCGCCGAACUCCUCCUUGGUCUCAUCCCGGCUGCGCUUUUCGAUACACUCAAGGAACUUGACAUACGAGCGACCUACUGCAACUUGGGCCCUACAGCCGAAGGUCAGCAAAAGCUGUUCGUGUCGGAUGUGAUGAACUUCCGAUAUGCUCUGAUUUGGCAGGAGGUAGCCGUAUACAAUGUCGACAUCAAAGACAUUAGAAAAUAG